AUGCCUGUCUAUGUGCUCACUGGUGCCAACAGAGGCCUUGGUCUGGAAUUCGUCCGUCAACUCUCUGCAGACAGCUCCAACACGGUAAUUGGAGCCGUGCGCUCAAUGUCAAACGACUUGACCGACCUGAAAUCACUCAACAAGAACAACAAUAUACACAUUCUAGAAUGCGAUACUGGAGAUGCAUCUAGCAUCACUUCCUUCGUCGAAGCAUGUGGCAACACUCUCAGCGGCAAGAAAAUCGACUACCUUCUCAACAACAGCGGCAUCAAUGCCGUCCCAGAGCAAGACUCAUUGUCCAUAUCCGAAGGCGACAUGAACGAGCACAUCAAAAUCAACGUUCUGGGUCCUGCGAAAACCACCGAAGGCUUCCACAAAGCCGAUUUGUUGGCUUCGGAUGUAAAGGUCUUGAACAUGACAUCAGGACUCGGCAGCAUGAAAGUCAGCAUAGGCAUCAAGCCGAGAAAGUGCACUACAUACAGCAUCAGCAAGGCUGCAUUGAACAUGCUUACAAUACACCAAGGCGAGGAGUUGAGGAAGAAGCUGCAGGGCGCUGUUGUCAUCAGUAUGGAUCCUGGUUGGGUCAAGACUCGCAUGGGUGGGGAGGGUGCUUUGAUUGAAGCGCAUGAGAGUAUCAGUGGCAUGCUUAAGGUGUUGCAUGGGCUCAAGAAGGAGGACACUGCUUCUUUCUGGACGUACACUGGAGAACAGGUGCCGUGGUAG